AUGACCCCGGGACACCAGCGGCCGCUGAGAGGGAGGACCCCGGCUCACCUGGAACCGGCUCACCUGUGCUUCCUCUGCCUGUCCGCACGGAGAGUACAGGAGGGGAGAGGGGAGAGUCGCGGCUCUGCUUACCUGUGCCCGACCCCAGCUCACCUGGAAACGGCUCACCUGCGCCCGACUCACCUGGACCCGGCUCACCUGGACCCGGCUCACCUGUGCCCGACCCCGACUCACCUGGACCCGGCUCACCUGUGCCCGACCCCGGCUCACCUGGACCCGGCUCACCUGUCCUCCCUCCCUCGCUGUCGGGGCGAAGAUCCCGCGGCCGCUGCUCUCGGCGCAAUGAGCGGCGCCGCGCUCCUCUACCUGCUGGCCGCACUUACAUCCUUGAAUGCAAUGAUGGUCAACGUGAAGGUCCCGCACAUGGAAAUAGCUCGAGGAGAUGCUUUACAUUUACAAUGUACCUAUCAAACCACCGCACCAACGAAAAACCAUCUUAACAUUGAAUGGACUCUAGUCGAAGAAGUACCGAGUGAAGAGGAACCAACGAUCGAUGUAAUCCAGUACUUCUACGACGGAUUAUACAGCGUUGGAAAAAACUACAAGGGCAGAGUAAACUUUACAGGAGAUGCCAACGGGGAAGAUUGUUCAAUAGCGAUCCAGAAUGCGCAGAUAACUGACACUGGAACCUACGUGGUAGAAAUCACAACACCUUUUGACUUGGGUGGUGGAUGUGCUCUGAUUGACACAAUCCCCGUUUUCCGGGUGGAGGGGAGCGGCGCGGCUCUGCUUACCUGUGCCCGACCCCAGGCUCACCUGGAACGCUCACCUGGCUCACCUGGACCCGGCUCACCUGUGCCCGACCCGGCUCACCUGGACCCGGCUCACCUGUGCCCGACCCCGGCUCACCUGGACCCGGCUCACCUGUGCCCGACCCCGGCUCACCUGGACCCGGCUCACCUGUCCUCCCUCCCUCGCUGUCGGGGCGAAGCUCCCGCGGCCGCUGCUCUCGGCGCAAUGAGCGGCGCCGUGCUCCUCUACCUGCUGGCCGCACUUACAUCCUUGAAUGCAAUGAUGGUCAACGUGAAGGUCCCACACAUGGAAAUAGCUCGAGGAGAUGCUUUACAUUUACAAUGUACCUAUCAAACCACCGCAUCAACUAAAAACAAUCUUAACAUUGAAUGGAUUCUAGUCGAAGAAGUAACGAUCGAUGUAAUCCAGUACUUCUACGACGGAUUAUACAGCGUUGGAAAAAACUACAAGGGCAGAGUAAAUUUUACAGGAGAUGCCAACGGGGAAGAUUGUUCAAUAGCGAUCCAGAAUGCGCAGAUAACUGACACUGGAACCUACGUGGUAGAAAUCACAACACCUUAUGACUUGGCUGGCACGCGGAAAGAAACAGUGGAUGUGACUGUAUUGGUUCCUCCAACGCCGCCCAUUUGCAAAAUAGAGGGCAAAGCAGAAUAUGGGGAGACUGUCAAACUGAUGUGCCACUCGGAGGAAGGGUCGCCUGCCCCAGUGUACUCCUGGCAAAACUACAGCCCCAUGAAUCAGCCACGGGAACUGCCUCAAAUGUCCAUUCAGGAGGCAGAUGGUUUAACAUUAAGAAAUAUUUCAGCCAAGACAUCUGGCUUCUUCAUUUGUACCUCGAAAAAUAAGAUCAGAGCUGCGUCCUGCAAUAUCACCUUAGCAGUAAUGCCACGAUUUUCACGCUUCAACUUUACUGUUACAACACAUCAAUGAGUUGAUCGGACAUGGAGGAAGACUUUUCAUGCUAUCAAAGAAGGCGAAAGUGAAGAUGGAAGAGUCGAUGAAGAAUUCUGAUUGCGGAUUUAAAGUGCAUGCUAUUUUUUUCCUCGUUAGUAGAGUGAUUAGUAUCCCUGCCUGUCACGCGGGAGACCGGGGUUUAAUUUCCCGACGAGGAGCCACAGGGUUUUAUUCCCUGACCUUUU